AUGCAGAAGGAUGGAGGAAGCAGAGAACUUCAAGCAAAUUCAGAAGCUUUGCAUGCCUUUCCUGAAAUUCAAGAAGGACGAGGCAAUAGCUCUGGGACUCAGGCUCUGAAUUUGAGGUUGCCUUUUGGAGAGAAGGAAGUCCUUGAGAGUAACGUGGAGUUGAUCAAGAGGCAGCUUGGUCUUGAAGAGGUUGAAAUACAUUCUGCUGCUGAUGUUGAUUUAGCUGGUCCACAUGCAUCACUCCUGAAGCAGAAUCCUCCAUCUCCAGGCAGUCCAACCGCCAUCUUUGUUAACAGGUAA